UGAUAUAACUUUGAAUAAGAAGAAAAGUGACCUUGAUACAAGUGAUAUAACUUUGAAUAAGGAGAAAAGUGACCUUGAUACAAGUGAAAUAACUUUGAAUAAGGAGAAAAUUGACCUUGAUACAAGUGAAAUAAUUUUGAAUAAGGAGAAAAUUGACCUUGACACAAGUGAAAUAACUUUGAAUAAGGAGAAAAUUGACCUUGAUACAAGUGAAAUAACUUUGAAUAAGGUGAAAAGUGACCUUGAUACAAGUGAAAUAACUUUGAAUAAGGAGAAAAGUGACAUUGAUACAAGUGAUAUAAUUUUGAAUAAGGAGAAAAUUGACCUUGAUACAAGUGAAAUAACUUUGACUAAGGAGAAAAGUGACCUUGAUACAAGUGAAAUAACUUUGAAUAAGGAGAAAAGUGACCUUGAUACAAGUGAAAUAACUUUGAAUAAGGAGAAAAGUGACCUUGAUACAAGUGAAAUAACUUUGAAUAAGGAGAAAAGUGACCUUGAUACAAGUGAUAUAAUUUUGAAUAAGGAGAAAAUUGACCUUGAUACAAGUGAAAUAACUUUGAAUAAGGAGAAAAUUGACCUUGAUACAAGUGAAAUAACUUUGAAUAAGGAGAAAAGUGACCUUGAUACAAGUGAUAUAACUUUGAAUAAGGAGAAAAGUGACCUUGAUACAAGUGAUAUAACUUUUAGUAAGGAGAAAAGUGACCUUGAUACUGGGUAUUCAGCAUAA